UUAGAGAUCUCCUAGGAACAGCAGCAACCAUAGAAAGACAAAGAGAGAGAGAAAUAGAGGGAAACAUGAAGAGGUGUGUGGAGUUUAUGAAGAGCAACCUACCAUACAUAUACAUGAUUCUAUGCAAUAUUUUGGUGGGUGCAGGGACAGUGUUGUUCUCCAAAGUAGCCAUUGCUAAUGGAAUGAACCCUUAUGUCUUCGGUGCUUAUCGACAAGCUUUUGCCACUCUUGCCUUGGCUCCUUUUUCUUUCUUCCUUGAGAGAAAGAACUCAGCUCCCUUGUCAUUCAACUUACUCUGCAAGAUCUUCUUGGCUUCUAUGAGUGGUUGGUCCCAACUCUUGGAAAAACUUGCUCUUCCAAAUAUCAAGUGGAUAUGCCCAACUGCUCCUACUCUCCCAGUGGCUAUACUUGGUGGAUUCCCUCGCACUGCAUGGUUUGAUGUUGGAGAACUUUCAGAAGAUAGUCCUGAUGAUUUCGAAGGUUUAGAUGCUACAGAGCCUGCUAAUAGUAAGCUUCUGCCUUGUUACUUCAUUGAUUAUAGGCCAUUAAAUUACUUAAUUUCCAUGUGUUUAGUUAGUAGUUCAUUUAUCUAUCAUGAUAAAAAGUUUCAUCAACUAUCAUGAAUAAAUUACCACCGUGUUGUUUAGGAAUUCUAUACUUUUUCAUUUAUUUAUUUAUUUUUGUAUUAACUCAUUUAUAGUUAAACUUGGUAUCGGGGGUUUUAGUAUGGGUGCUGCAACUGCCCUCUACUCUGCAACUUGUUUUGCCUAGGGAAAAUAUGGAAAUGGGAUCGCUUACCCUGUUAACUUGAGGGCUAUUGUUGGUCUAAGUGGUUAGCUUCCUGGUUCAAGGUAUUAAUGCAAUAUCUUCCUUCUCAUUUCCCCUUUGUUCCUCUGUUAUAUGUACUGUUUUCCCAAGCUGAAAAUAACCAAUUUACCAAAUAAAAUAAGAUUCGUAUGAGAUGAUUCUGAAAUAUCUCAUUUGAUAGCUCCCUCUGGCCAUAUUUGGAAUUGUUUUCAAACUAAUAUUAUAUUGAGUUCCAAGGUGACCAAAAUAGCUAAUAAUAAGUUUUGUACAGUGUCAUCUCAGGUAGGACUCACUCAUUGUUGAUUCAUAAAUCUUUUCGCAAGUAAAGAUGUAAUGUGUGCACCUUAUAGUGCUCUUCAAAAUAUUACCAUGCUUAUUAGUUAACAACAAGUUUAUGUAGGACGUUGAGGAACAAGAUAAAAGGAUCACAUGAGGCUGCUAGGCGUGCUGCAUCUUUGCCCAUUUUGCUCUGUCAUUAAAUCUGUAUGUAUAUUGCAUUUUGGACUCCCUUUUUUUUAAAAAAAAGUUUUCUUGGGAAUGAUAAAGUUCUUUUCUCACAUGUUGUUCGACUUCAUGCAUAUAGCUUCAAACUAGUGCGAACUAGCAAACUGUUGCUCUUAAAAUUUGAGUCUUCAAUUUGCUAUUUUUUUGGUAUUGGGACAUCUACUGUAAUUACCAGCUUGUCGUUCCUAUUCACUGAUAAUUCAUAGUUGGUAGAAUUAUA